UAAUUUUCUCAAAGGGAACAGAGAAGAAAGAGACUUCUCAUUCACCUCAUACCUUUUGCCAUCUUUCUCUCUAUCUCUUCCUCUAUCUCACUCUUUGCAACUGUUUUUCUCCUCUCACCAAGAACAAAAAUUUAUUAAGCUAAGAAAGAAGAAUUUUUUUUUUUUAGAAUAAAUAAGAUUAUACCCCCUUUUCCUCCCCAAAUAUCUAUCAAGAUUAUAUUCUCAGACUGAUUCACAGUUCUCUCUUGUCUGUCAUGGAGCUUUUCCCUUCACAACCUGACUUGAACUUGAAUAUCAGCAGAAGAAGAGAAGAACAAGAUGAUAAAGAACAAGAACAAGUCGAAAGGAGAUUAGUGUACCAGAGUCAAGCCUCAGAUUCAGUCAGAAACGCUUCUGGCCAUCUCAUCGACACUGUCAAAUUCACUUCAAACUAUGAACCCACCAAGUUUUAUCAUUAUCAAGAACACAACGAAUCUCAAGAUCAAGAUUCGAGGUCGAUUUUGAUGGUGAGCCAAAAUCAAACCCUUGGCCACUACUACUACUCUCCGACUCCUCCUUUCUUCUUCAGUGAAGUCAACGGUCAACACGCAAACCCUAAUUAUAGUUAUAAGCUUCACCACGGUCAUCGCCGUCAAGCUCAGCCGCAGCCACAGAGAUGCACGGCGAAACGAGGAGUAAGGGCUCCGAGGAUGCGGUGGACGACGACCCUUCAUGCCCAUUUCGUUCGUGCUGUUCAAUUAUUGGGUGGUCAUGAAAGAGCAACUCCAAAAUCAGUACUUGAACUGAUGGAUGUGCAAGACCUCACAUUGGCUCAUGUUAAGUCUCAUCUACAGAUGUACCGGACCAUUAAAUCUACUGAGAAGCCUACAACAUCACCAGGGCAGUCGGAUACUUGUGAGAAUGGAUCACAAGUAAAGAGUGAGAGACAAGCCAGAGAUCUCCAAGGUCUAUGGAAUAACUCCUCAAGUGAAGCUCGGCUCCAUUUAAAGGCAAAUGCAUCAGGUCUAGACGUUUCAUCCAAUAAGACUGCAAGCCGCCAUUCACUCAUUUUGGAGAGAAAGAAAUGAAAGAAGACAUGGUGCAAUAGUCACUCCUGCAAGAGAACUUGGAAAACUCUUGGAUCGUCAAGUAAGGAACAUAUGCUGUUCUAUUCAACAAUUGGGAUAUCAAAAAUAUGCUGGAAGCUUAUUUUGGUGGUUUGCCACUAGAUGAUUAUAUUUUUGAGUUCUUUAUAAACAAAGUUAAAAGUGUGCCAAAUUCAAAAACAUGAUGCACUUGUUGUAAAAAAACUAUUUUUCUUUUGAAUAAAUUUAACAUAUAUUAAAAAAAAA